GCGAUAGCUGCAGCGCAUAAAAACAGCCACAGCCUGCUCACGCAGUAUCAGUCAGCUCAUUGACCGUUUGGAAAUAGUUGAGUUACUCGGUUUAUCUGGACAGAAAUGGCAACCGCUGAAGUUAUUCCAACUCAGAGUGUGGUGGAGAGGGUCGCCAGCCUUCCUCUGGUCAGCUCCACCUAUGGCUUGGUAUCCAGUGUGUACUCCAGCACAAAGGACAACCACCCGUACAUCAAGACUGUGUGUGAGGCCGCGGAGCAAGGAGUCCGCACCAUCACCUCGGUGGCCCUCACCACUGCUUCACCCAUCAUCGACAAGCUGGAGCCUCAGAUUGCUAUGGCCAAUGAUCUUGCCUGUAAAGGUUUGGACAAGAUUGAGAAAACCCUGCCGAUUCUUCACCAGCCCUCUGAGCAGAUUGUGUCCAAUGCCAAGGAUGUAGUAACCACUGCUAAAGAUGUCGUGACGGGCACAGUGUCCGGUGCCAAGGGCACGGUCUCAGACACUCUGACCAGCGUUGUGGAGAAAACCAGGGGUGCGGUGCACGGUGGGGUGGACAAGACCAAAGCUGUCGUCAACGGCAGCGUGAGCACUGUACUGGAGAGCAGAGUGGCACGGCUCAUCAGCAGCGGAGUCGACACGGCCCUGAGUACAUCCGAGAGUCUGGUGGAGCAGUACUUGCCUAUGACUGAGGCUGAGCUGGAGCUGGAGGCAAAAACAGUCCAAAGCUGUGACAACAAGGAGCCGAGCUACUACGUCCGCCUGGGCUCUCUGUCCACCAAGCUCCGCAAGAGAGCGUACAGCAGAGCCGUGGUCCAGAUACGAGAUCGCAAGCAGCGCUGCAUGGAGUUCAUUUCUGAGCUGAACUCCACUGUUGACCUGAUUGAGGUUGGCAGAAAGAACAUUGACAGUGCUAACCAGAUGGUGAACAAGAAGUUGAAUUCCCUGGUUGCAUGGAAGUCCAGUAGUCCAAACCAGGAGAACUGUCAUGAGGCAGAGGUAAUUGAGUCCCGCACCUUGACCCUAGCGCGUUCCCUUACCCAGCAGCUCCAGACCACCUGCCUUGUCCUCGUCUCCAGCCUGCAGGGUCUCCCCAACCACAUCCAACAGGAGGCGCUGUCUCUCGGCCACUCGGCCUCACAGGUGUACGCCAACUUCAGCAAAGCUAAGGCGCUGGGAGACCUGCCAGACACCGUGUUGACCAGCAGCAGAGUUCAGCUGAGCAAAAUGAAAGAGUCCCUGGACAACGUCAUGGAUUAUCUGAUCAACAACACGCCACUCAACUGGCUGGUGGGACCUUUCUAUCCACGGAUGGCUCCCGAGCCCACUCCCAUACCGGCCUCUGACAGCAGCACCUACGCCACAUCCUCCAGCUCUUCUACACAGGGACCGAGGGAGGAGCCCAUGGAGGUGGAGAUGGAAUCCCUGUAGUGAUCCAUUACAAUUUAAAGCUUAAUAUUCUGAAUUUUGUGGCAAUAUUUGACAGCUUUGUAUGCAAACUUUUUAAAAUCUCAAAUGUAUUAGGACAUAGCACCUGAAAUAUGUAGUUCACAGUACCAAGAAAACAAAUUUUAUUAACUUUAGAAUCUUUAACUACAAAACUAUUGUGCAAUUUCAUAUCCACAUUUAUCAUAAAAAUCAUUAAUCUGGAAAAAUAAACCUGUGCUUAUUUCAGUAUAAACGUGUGAAAUCUG